AUGGCCGCACCCGGAGCGACGCCGCUACCCUGGGCGAGACUCCCCCCAGGCUGCUCCACCGUCCGCAGCUUUGCCGCCUCCGCAGCGGACUCCCUGUGCAAUCGCAGUGCUAGCGACGGCUUACAAGAACCGUUGGCUGAGGCGGUUGCGGCGGAAGACGCUGCGCGUAUGGUGCUAGAGGACCCCAUGUCGCGUCUGAUGGCAUCACGGGGGAUGCCGUUGGGGCUGUCGCUGCGGCGCCAGGAGGCGGCGGGUGGAGGAGGUACGGCAGCGGCAGGGGGUAGCGACAGUAGCAGUAGCAGUGGCAGUAGCGGCAUUGUUGGUGGUGAUGGUGGUGCCGCUGCACCAUCAGCAGACGAUGAUGAUGAUAAUGAUGAUGAUGAUGGCGGUCCGGACCACGUUUCGGAGGGUGUUCUGUCCCCGAGUGAACAGAAGUACGCCAGUCUGGAGGCCAUGAGCGCCGACAUCAAGAAGCUGGACGAGGUGUUUGAGGUGUUGGCGUCGGUACCCUGGCUGGAUGAGGACGUGCUCGCCGAGAAGGAGCUCAAGGGUGUGGCACAAGUGGGGUUGUUGGGGACGCUGGAGGAGGUGGGGUUCAAUGUACGACACCAGCUGCUCCGCAUCUGGUCCGGGGAGAGGGGCGCGGAGCUGGCGGCGGGUCCCGGGCUGGAGUUCCGUGACCAGGCGGCCCUGCUGGCCAUCCUUUACCACACCCAGCAGAUUGAGGAGCGGCACGGACCGCCCCCGCGGGGGUACCUGCCCAAGCCGCCGACCUCACCGCCGCAGCAGCAUUAGCUGGCGAGCUGUAUGAGCUGAUAGAACUGUUCUGGCAGUGCAGCAGCCCACGCUGCUGCCGGCCCCCUCCCGGCAUUGUAGCAUCCGCAGCAGCAGAGAAGGGCAUGAGAAGAGGUGGGGCAUUGACGAAAAAGCCGUCUUGAACGAACACAGAAGUGUGAUUGUUCCGAGCAAACUGCAAACUUAAAAAAAUUGACACAAACAAACACUCGUGUUUGAUAUGGUAGGGCCCGUAAUGACCCAGAUUGGUGUUUUGGCGCCUGCCAUGAUCUGGAGCUGUAACGUGCGCAGAGAGGUUAUCGGUUAGCUGUGCUACCGAUUCGCGGAAAUUUGUCUUAACGUGCAACUGCCGCGUGUAUUAACGUAAUUCAUUCACAACAUCGGAAAUCGCACCGGCCGUGUCCAUGGCCGCCAAAACGCGCGCGGGAUUGAUUUGGGGAUGCUGUACAGGGCAGCAAUUGGUGACGUGGAUGGAGCGUUUGGGGAUUUCAUGUUAAGUAGCUGUUACCGGAUUUAAUUAUGCAGGUGCGGUCAUAGAUUAUCAUGGUUCUGAUGAUAACAGUAAGCGUUACGUUGACGAGCCACAUAGCUCAGAUUUCCGAAACAGUUUAAGUUUUGAUGUAUCGGCUACCGCAGGUCCGAAUCUGACCUGCGGAGACAGCAACACGAGCACAGUACAACAUUUCAGUUGCAUAGUAAUUGUAAAGCUGUCAUGCUG